UUCGCGCGACGAAGUUUGGCGCUAAAAAGCGCUGAGUUGUUCUCCUUGUUGAAUGGAGAUAUAGACUAGAGGAGCUUGCCUGGUCCGGACUCUUUCACACACACACACACAAAAAAAGACCGGAAGCUGGACUUUGUGCGCCGUCGGUCGUCUUUUUUGUGCAAGUUGUGUACACUUUAAGCCAUGUUUUUAUCACUUUAGGGCGAGUUUUUUGUACACUUUUUUUUUGUUGCACUGCUUGUUCUAACUGACGUCACCAUUUGGUGUUUUGUUGCAUGUUUUACUCAUGCAUUUAGUUCUUUCACGCCUCUAGAGCCGUUUUAGCCUUGAAAUCCAACACGAUUGUUGACGGAGCUACAAUGAUGCGGCUGCCCAGAGGCGUCUCCCCGGCGUCCAGCCAGCCCAAGAUGAAGGUUCUCGCUAGCUUCCCUGCUAAAGCGGACUUCUUCAACACCGGCCUGUCCAGUCCGCCCUUGAGCACGGUACCGAUGGGCUACUUCAGCCAGAUCUGCUCCAACACCGCCAUGGUGGAACAAAGAGCGCACAGCCUCUACUUAACCCCCCACGGACCCGAAGCUAAGCCGGUCAGAUCAACCACCGGACGGCUACCGGCUAAAAGGAAGCUGGAUCUUGAAGAUCCAAUUUUCCUCCCUGAGUUCCGCACCCCUAAAGGCAAAGGCAUCAUUGCAGCAAGUCCAAGAACUCCAAAGUCGCCAGGCGAGCGGACAAGAUACGACACCUCGCUGGGCCUGCUGACUAAAAAAUUUGUGGGCCUCAUUGCCGAGUCUCCAGACGGAGUUUUGGACCUGAACUGGGCCACCGAUGUCCUGGAGGUUCAAAAAAGAAGAAUUUAUGACAUCACCAACGUCCUGGAGGGAGUUCAACUCAUCCGGAAAAAGUCGAAGAACAACAUCCAGUGGUUGGUGGGAGAUGUGUUCGAAGGCGGUGCCAGCGGAGGAGAGAAGGCUCGAGCUUUGAGGAAAGAGCUGGGAGACCUGGAAAGAGCGGAGCAAUCCCUGGACGAGCUCAUCCACUCCAGCACCGCACAUCUCAAACAGCUCACUGAGCACAAAGACAAUCAGAAAUUGGGCUAUGUGACGUAUCAAGACAUCAGGUCCAUCGCCAGCCUCAGAGACCAGACUGUUGUCGCCGUCAAGGCUCCCUCCGAGACAAAGCUGGAGGUGCCAGACACGGCCGAGGGGUCAUUACAAAUCUAUCUAAAGAGCAAGAAUGGCCCCAUAGAGGUGUACCUGUGUCCGGAGGAGGGCCUUGAAGACGCCAGUCCUGUCAAGAGCUCGGUCACACCCGAAAAGCCGUUGACGACGCCAGUGCAGCCCUUAGACCUCUGCAUCAAAGAAGAACCUGUCGAAGAAAAUUGCUCAACACCAGCCCCAGCUUCUUCUUCUUCCUCUUCCUCCACCACCACCGCGGCGUCCGGUUCUUCUCUGCUGGAUGUGGAGGGUCUUCUUGGUCUGCCCCCCAGCCUGCUCCAGAUCACCGAAGACCAGCUGCCCGGCACGUCCUUUACGGCCGACCCCAACACCCCCUUUGUUAGCUUCUCCCCGCAUUUGGACCACAGCUACCUGUGGAGCCUGGAGGACGGCGAGGGAGUGUCCGACUUCUUCGACACGUACGACCUCAACGAUCUCUUGUAAGAGCUGAUGGGACAUUUAGGAAGUACACACUAUGAUGCUCGUUUUUAAUGCCGCUGUGAGUUGUUUUACCCCCACAUCUUCAUCGUAGAAUUUGGCUGCAAAUCCCCCUAGGAAAAAAAUCAACUGGUCGUAGGAGUGAUGACAUAGGGCAGACCGUGUUUAUAGUGUGUUGAACUCAGGAAUUAUGUCUUGCCCUUGCCCCAGCGUUGGCCAAUAGGGGGCAGCAUUCUACUGGCAGCUUUAAAAGCCAUGGCCGUGCAGCUUUUACAGGUUUAAACCAAUCACUGGAAGGAAGUAAACUCCAAGCCAUACUAGCACUGAGCACACAACACGUGCCACCUGCGGUAGUUUAUUAACCACGUGAAGUUAUUUCAACCGAAAGGUGCAUCAGUCUGUUGUCAUUUCGACCAGCGUUCAGGACCAUGCGAGUCCUCGCCGAACAAGCCGUGACCCGGCGAAGGAUCACUUAUCGUUUGGAAUCCUUGAUUUCAAAUCACAGUGGUAGUUUAAUAAUUGCUUUAAAUGAUUUAGUAAUGCACAAUUACUAUUGUAUUGUAUUUCUGAAAUUGUCGUGUUAUGUUUGCUUGUUUGUUUGUUUGCCCCCCUUUGCCACAUGUGGGGUUAGUUCAACUUUUAAAAAGAAAACAUUUGAGCUGUUCAGAGUUAUCCCGAGACGUUUUCACACCUGGGAAACGGAAAGUUGAUGACGUGAUUGAUAUUCAAUGGGCUUUUUUUUACCCCCUUCUCAGCUGUUGGAGAUAAGCUAACAGUCCUGUCCUAACAUAAAAACUUGAAAGUUUGGGUGUGAAUUUGACAGCAUGAGUUUAUAGAUUUUAUAGGUGUGUGUGUGAGUGUGUGUUUUACUGUUUUACUUUUUUGUUAUUUAGAUUUGGAAAUGUGAAUUCAUAUAGUCAUUUGAGUAAGCAUUGUUUGGUUUUUCUUUUGGUGUUUGUACAUAAGUGAUUUUGUAUUUAUAUUAUUUUUGCUGAUUU